UAUGAAUCCCUUUGUCUUCUUUUUCAUCUUUUUUGCUGUGUUGUGAUGAAAAUGGUUCUUUUUGGUUAUCCUUUUUUCUUCUUCUUUGAUGGGUUUGAGUUGUUUUUGAAGCUUGGGGAAAUGGGGUUCUCUAGUAUCUGAAUCUUUGUGUGUGUUCUUUUUCUUUCUUUUGGGUGUGGUGGAAUUGGGAUUUUCAAUUAACCCUUUUGAUUCUGUGGGUCAAUACAAACUUUUGAACUUUCCUUUUGCAUUUUGAGCUUAUAUUUGAAGCUUUCUUGAGGAUUCAAUUUGAUGUUUCUCUUUUCUUCCUUACUUUUUAUGGAGUUUUUUUGAGAAACUAAUUGAUUUUCUUAGUUCAGAAGUCAAUUCCUCUUUUAUAAUCUAUAUUAAAUAAUUUGGUUGGUUGUUGUCGAGAGGCUUUUUGUUUCUUUUGAACCAAAGUUAAAUCAAGUUGAGUGAGUGGUCAUGGGUAGGGAAAUUGCUGGUGGUGUAGUGGAGAAGCCAAAUGGUCUUGUAGUGGUUUUAAAUGGCGUUUCUCAUGAAAAAGCCCAUGUUUCCCCCAAAAUUUCAGAAGAAAGUAUUGAUUUGGAGGAAUUCGAAGAGAAGGAAUCGGGCGAGGAGAAUUCGUUUGCCGAAAACUAUCAAGAAACAGAGCACGACGUUGCAGCCAUCAAAAGCUCUAACCUUGAUGCCAGUGUGCCUGCACCUGUGACCGUGCCUGUGCCCGUUUCCGAGCCCGUGCCUGCGCCUCCGCCUCCGCCUGCACCUGCACCUGCACCUGCACCUGCACCGGUGCUUGUACUCGAGGAAAAGAAGAAGGAGGAGAGAACUGUAGCACAGAAAAUCAGUGACUUCAAUAAGUCUAUUUCGCCUGGGACUAUAGCUAUUACUCCAAAAAUAAUGAGGGUGAACCACAAGAUUCAACAGCCACCCAUGCAGUCACCGGAAAAAGCAGUCACAUGCUCACAAACCAUCGAGACCGAGCGUACUUCGACUACAAUUCCUGUCGUUGAGGCGUCACCAAAUACAAUUGAAUUGCAUCCUCCCAGCCCUGAAAAGAACUCGCAUCCAAACUCGCCUCAAUCAUCGUGUAAAUCUUCACAGAACGAUCUUAAGAAGCAUCACGAAGAAGAUCACUGGUCUAUCGCCUCCUCUACUGUUCAAUCUAUUCGACAACUCAAAUCUAAAGUAACUAUCGGAACGGCUCCUACAUUUAGAUCGGCUGAACGUGCUGGUAAAAGGAAGGAGUUCUAUAACAAGUUGGAGGAGAAACACAAAGCUAUGGAGGCAGAGAGAAUCCAAUACGAAGCACGAAUUAAGGAAGAGCAAGAAGCAGCAAUCAAGCAGCUUAGGAAAGGAUUAGUGAUCAAAGCAAAUCCAGUGCCCAGUUUCUAUUAUGAAGGACCACCACCAAAGACAGAAUUAAAAAAGUUACCAUUAACUCGGCCAAAGUCUCCGAAUCUAACUCGAAGGAAAAGCUGUGGUGAUUCGAUGAACUUUAGCAUAGAGGAAAAAGGAAAACUAUGCCCACGAGGACAUCGUCAUAGCUUUAGUAGUCAGAAAUCAGAGGAAUCAUCAGCUAACGGCAUAGCUCGCAAAAGCAAAGCACAAGUGAAUGGGCAAUGCCACAACAAUGAAUCUUUUAAACAUAGAAACCAUGUGAAGCGCGAGAGAGAGACCAAAAAAACGACUCUUGCAACAACUGAUCCACUCACAAGUAAUGUAGAUAUCCCCAUUCAGUCAUGAACAUUUACUUUCUCCUUAAUGUGAACUAAGAAAAAACAAAAAAGAAAAAAAAAGAAAAAAAGAGGGGGGGAGCAAAGAAAGAAAAAGCUUGAUCUUUCAGUUGCUAGUUGUUUCUUUACCUAAAAGAAAACAGCUUCUUUUCUUUUCUUUUUACAUCUAAUUACUUCACUGAGUGAUUUGUGCUAAUAUGAAAUGUAUAUGUUUUUCUUUUCUUUUCUUUUUUUUUUUCCCAUGAAAGUUAUAAUGAUUUCUUAUGUUAUACAUAUAAGGGAGAUUUUGAUUCAGUGUGAACUAUUGUGUAUACACAGAUACAGAUAUACUUUUGCUUUC